AUGCGUGCAGCUGAUGAGCCAGACGAGAUUUCCAAAGAAGCGCUCGACGCGCUGCUGCUUUACCUUGAGCUGUACAUGAAGUACAAGGCUCAGAUAGCGAGGAUCGAGGAGAUGUGCAGCAAGAAUCUCGCAGCCAGCGAAGAGGCGUGGAAGAGGAAGAUGAAGCAGACCCCGUUACCUCCUCCGUCAGGAAAUAGUGACAGAGACAGACUUUCCGAGGCAUUACGUCGUCUGAAUGAGCCGCAGGGCGCUGUGGCGACGACGACGGCGACGGCGACGACGAAAGCGACGAGUAUGCAGUCACCUCCAGCUCCACUUCUGACGGAUAGACAAGUGCUUAAGAAAGCACUCAAUUGUAUGCCUAAGGAUGAGCCUUCUUUCCCAGCUACUGGCGAAGUGUCUGCCAAGCGCAGUGAUAGCGCUCAAGGUGAUAGAUGCAGCCACGGCGAAGGGUCAGGUCUUGACAGAGAAGAGAACGCGGCGCCGUACCGAACGAUCUUAGUGCCGCGUAGAGAAGUGAUUCCGGUCGAGGAGAUAAGACGGCUGCCGAGAAAAUGCGUGAAGCUCUGA